GGCCUGCGCGGGCGGCCGCAGCGGCGGGAGCAGGCCGCGAACCGGUGCCGGGACGGGAAGCGGAGCCGCGAGCGGAAGCGGAGGCGGAGCCGCGAGCGGAAGCGGAGCCGAGCGGGGUUUCUCCGUGCGCGCCGCCAUGUCGGACAGCGACGACAGCAACUUCUCGGAGGAGGAGAGCGAGCGCAGCAGCGAGGCCGAGGAGGCCGAGGCUGAGGAGGAGCACGCCAGCGCGGCCGGCAGCGAGAAGGAGGAGGCGGAGGAGGAGGAGGAGGAAGAGGAGUACGACGAGGAGGAGGAGGAGGAAGAUGACGACCGGCCAGCCAAAAAACCCCGCCACGGGGGCUUCAUCCUGGAUGAGGCCGACGUCGACGACGAGUACGAGGACGAGGACCAGUGGGAGGAUGGGGCCGAGGACAUCCUGGAGAAAGAAGAGAUCGAAGCUUCCAACAUCGACAACGUGGUGCUGGACGAGGACCGCUCGGGCGCUCGGCGGUUGCAGAAUCUCUGGAGGGAUCAACGCGAGGAGGAGCUGGGCGAGUAUUACAUGAAGAAAUACGCCAAGUCCUCAGUGGGAGAGACCGUUUACGGCGGCUCCGAUGAGCUCUCGGAUGACAUCACGCAGCAGCAGCUGCUGCCUGGAGUCAAGGAUCCCAACCUCUGGACUGUGAAGUGCAAGAUCGGCGAGGAGCGCGCCACAGCCAUUGCCCUGAUGCGGAAAUUCAUCGCCUACCAGUUCACCGACACGCCCCUGCAGAUCAAGUCGGUGGUGGCCCCCGAGCACGUCAAGGGCUACAUCUACGUGGAGGCGUACAAGCAGACGCACGUGAAGCAGGCGAUCGAGGGCGUGGGCAACCUGCGCAUGGGCUACUGGAACCAGCAGAUGGUCCCCAUCAAGGAGAUGACAGACGUGCUGAAGGUGGUGAAGGAGGUCACCAACCUCAAGCCCAAGUCCUGGGUGCGCCUCAAGAGGGGGAUCUACAAGGACGACAUCGCCCAGGUGGAUUACGUGGAGCCCAGCCAGAACCAGAUCUCCCUCAAGAUGAUCCCCCGCAUCGACUUCGACCGCAUCAAAGCCCGCAUGAGCCUGAAGGACUGGUUUGCCAAGCGCAAGAAGUUCAAGCGCCCCCCCCAGCGGCUUUUCGAUGCUGAGAAGAUCCGCUCCCUGGGAGGCGACGUGGCAUCGGAUGGAGACUUCCUCAUCUUUGAAGGCAACCGCUACAGCCGCAAGGGCUUUCUCUUCAAGAGCUUUGCCAUGUCGGCCGUGAUCACGGAAGGCGUGAAGCCCACCCUGUCGGAGCUGGAGAAGUUCGAGGACCAGCCCGAGGGCAUUGACUUGGAGGUGGUGACGGAGAGCACAGGGAAGGAGCGUGAGCACAACUUCCAGCCCGGUGACAACGUGGAGGUGUGCGAGGGCGAGCUGAUCAACCUGCAGGGCAAGAUCCUCAGCGUCGAUGGCAACAAGAUCACCAUCAUGCCCAAACACGAGGACCUGAAGGACAUGCUGGAGUUCCCAGCUCAGGAGCUGCGCAAGUAUUUCAAGAUGGGCGACCACGUGAAAGUGAUCGCGGGGCGUUUUGAGGGUGACACGGGCCUCAUCGUUCGGGUGGAGGAGAACUUUGUCAUCCUCUUCUCUGACCUCACCAUGCACGAGCUCAAGGUUCUACCGCGGGACCUGCAGCUCUGCUCGGAGACUGCCUCGGGCGUGGACGUUGGGGGGCAGCACGAGUGGGGCGAGCUGGUGCAGCUGGACCCCCAGACCGUGGGCGUCAUUGUCCGCCUGGAGCGCGAGACCUUCCAGGUGCUGAACAUGUACGGGAAGGUGGUGACGGUGCGGCACCAGGCCGUCACCAGGAAGAAGGACAACCGCUUCGCCGUCGCCCUCGACUCGGAGCAGAACAACAUCCACGUCAAGGACAUCGUCAAGGUCAUCGACGGGCCCCACUCGGGCCGCGAGGGGGAGAUCCGGCACCUCUUCCGCGGCUUUGCCUUCCUGCACUGCAAGAAGCUGGUGGAGAACGGCGGCAUGUUUGUCUGCAAGACCCGACACCUCGUCCUGGCCGGUGGUUCCAAGCCACGGGACGUCACCAACUUCACAGUGGCUGGCUUUACUCCCAUGAGCCCCCGUAUCACCAGCCCAAUGCACCCCAGCGGGGCUGGCCAGCGCGGCGGCUUUGGCGGCGGCGGCAUGAGCCGUGGGCGCGGGCGGCGGGAUAACGACCUCAUCGGGCAGACGGUGCGCAUCUCCCAAGGACCUUACAAAGGCUACAUCGGGGUGGUGAAGGACGCAACGGAGUCGACGGCCCGCGUGGAGCUGCACUCCACCUGCCAGACCAUCUCGGUGGACCGCCAGCGCCUGACCACAGUGGGCUCGCGGCGCCCUGGUGGGAUGACAUCGACCUAUGGGCGCACCCCGAUGUACGGCUCCCAGACCCCGAUGUACGGCUCGGGCUCCCGCACCCCGAUGUACGGCUCCCAGACGCCCCUGCAUGACGGCAGCCGCACGCCACACUACGGCUCGCAGACCCCGCUGCACGAUGGCAGCCGCACGCCUGCCCAGAGCGGUGCCUGGGAUCCCAACAACCCCAACACGCCUUCCAGGGCCGACGAGGACUUUGAGUACGGCUUCGAUGAUGAGCCCACGCCCUCACCGCAAGGCUACGGUGGCACCCCCAAUCCGCAGACCCCCGGCUACCCCGACCCCUCGUCCCCACAGGUCACCCAGCCGUACAACCCCCAGACCCCUGGCACGCCGGCCAUGUACAACACCGACCAGUUCUCCCCCUACGCCGUGCCAUCGCCACAGGGCUCCUACCAACCCAGCCCCAGCCCCCAGAGCUACCACCAGGUGGCCCCCAGCCCCGUGGGCUACCAAAACACCCACUCGCCGGCCAGCUACCACCCUACACCAUCGCCUAUGGCCUAUCAGGCCAGCCCCAGCCCCAGCCCAGUGGGGUACAGCCCCAUGACCCCCGGGGCGCCAUCCCCGGGGGGGUACAACCCCCACACCCCCGGUUCGGGCAUCGAGCAGAGCUCCAGUGACUGGGUGACCACCGACAUCCAGGUGAAGGUCCGGGACACCUACCUGGACAGCCAGGCGGUGGGACAGACGGGCGUCAUCCGCAGCGUCACGGGGGGGAUGUGCUCCGUGUACCUGAAGGACAGCGAGAAGGUGGUGAGCAUCUCCAGCGAGCACCUGGAGCCCGUCACCCCCACCAAGAGCAACAAGGUGAAGGUGAUCCUGGGUGAGGACCGGGAGGCCACCGGCAUCCUGCUCAGCAUCGACGGCGAGGAUGGCAUCGUCCGCAUGGACCUGGAUGAGCAGCUCAAGAUCCUCAACCUGCGCUUCCUGGGCAAGCUCCUGGAGGCCUGAGCGCCCCCUCCCCGCUGCCCUCCCCCGCUCUGCUUUUCUCUUUCUUUUUUAUGUCUUUUUUUCCCCUCUUUUUCUCAUUUUACAUCCCCUUUGCCCUGGCGCCUGUUCGUGAUGGGAUUUCGGUGUCCAAUAAAAGCUGUUGUGCGCCA